AUGGCUACGUUGGGAGAGGAAGGGCUGGAUUAUAUCUACCCUCACUACACAUACCCCUACAUCACCCUCAAUCCCAAGGCUUCCUCCUGGAGGCAGAGGGGAUACCUGGGCGGCUGUGCGGACCCGGGCGAGUAUUUUGACAAUUACCAGCGAGCUCAGCUCAAGGCGAUCCUGUCUCAGGUCAACCCCAACUUGACUCCCAGGGUCAGGAAAGCCAACACUAAGGAUGUGGGGGUCCAGGUGAACCCGAAAGCUGAUGCCUGUGUGCAGUGCUCCCUGGGGCCCAGGACACUCAUGAUGUUGAUGCUGAGAAGGAAAGGUGGGCUCAAGCGGCGGCCCCUGAGCCAGGGUCAGCCCCAGGGCCAGGGUCAGCCCCAGGGCCAGGGUCAGCCCCAGGGCCAGGGUCAGGGCAGUGCGGCCAGCAUGCCACAGAACGUGCGCUUCCGCAGGACCAUGGCCAUCUACUCCCCCAUCCUAUCCCCCAACCUGAACCCCUUCCUCUCCCGGGAGGACAGAGCCGCGAAAGAUGCCAACUGGUUGGGGAAAGACGAGGUGGCGAUUCCCGGGAAGGAGGUGGGGAGAGAUGUACAGGAGGAGGAGGAGGAGCUGGAGAGGAAGGAGGUGAAGCCCGGUGGGGAGGCUGGCAAUGCGGGGAGCCAGGCAGCUGGAGGAGCAGGUCACAGUGAGGAUGUCGCCUCCCGUCAAGCCAGCAACAUAAGCAAGAGUGACAGACGCUUACGGUUCCAGUUCCUAGAGCAGAAGUAUGGUUACUUUCACUGCAAAGAUUGCAAUGCUCGCUGGGAGAGUGCUUAUGUGUGGUGUGUACAAGGCACCAACAAGGUUUACUUCAAACAGUUCUGCAGAACCUGUGAGAAAUCCUAUAACCCAUACCGUGUGGAGGACAUUACCUGUCAAACCUGCAAAGAAACUCGAUGCACUUGUCCUAUCAAAAUGCGCCACGUUGACCCAAAGAGACCACAUCGCCAGGAUCUUUGUGGGAGAUGCAGAGGCAAACGGCUCUCUUGUGAUAGCACUUUCAGCUUCAAAUACAUCAUUUAAUUUUGAAUGUGAGCAUUA